GCUAUCGCCUAUGAGUCUGUGCAGGGGGAUGGUGCCGAGGAGGGGGCGGCUGAGCCCAAGAGACCCAAGUGGGAGCCAAGGAACUGGCGGCAGCAGCUGGAGCGUAUCCGGGAAAUGAGGAGCAGCAGAGAUGCUCCCGUGGAUCACAUGGGAGUGGAUAAGUGUUAUGACAGCAGCGCACCUCCGCAGGUUAUGCGCUACCAGGUUCUGCUGUCGCUGAUGCUGUCCAGCCAGACUAAGGACGAGGUGACAUCAGCAGCCAUGCUGCGCCUGAGGCAACGUGGGCUCACAGUCGACAGUAUUUUGCAGAUGGACGAUGUGACGCUUGGGCAGAUCAUUUAUCCUGUAGGGUUCUGGAGGAACAAGGUGAAGUAUAUAAAACAGACGACAGCCAUCCUGAAGCAGAAGUAUGGUGGCGACAUACCAAGUACCGUGGAGGAGCUGGUGAUGCUGCCAGGAGUUGGGCCCAAAAUGGCCCACUUGGCUAUGCACAUUGCUUGGAACAGUGUGUCCGGGAUAAGUGUGGACACCCAUGUGCACAGAAUCACAAACAGGCUGAAGUGGGUGAAGAAGGAGACCAGAACCCCUGAGGCAACUCGGGUUGCACUGGAGGACUGGCUGCCCAGGGAUCUCUGGAGGGAGAUAAACUGGCUCUUGGUGGGCUUUGGCCAGCAGACCUGCUUGCCUGUGAAUCCUCGCUGCAAAGAGUGCCUCAAUCAAGACAUUUGCCCAGCUGCUAAGAGAUGCUGACAGAUCAACAGGUCUUCCUAGAGCAACAGAGCUGCUUCAGCACGGAAGCCCAGAGCCAAGCCCUAGUAAGGAUGUUUUGCAUGGGGCUGAGCGUGUGACUGUAGGG